GAGGGAAUCAAGCGCUCCGGUAUGGCGGAUCAUCACAUCUACCAGCAGACUCACCGACCCGGCCAUACAGGAUCUACGAGCAGACUCAGUGACUCGAUCAUCUACGAGGUGAUAGUCUGGCCGUUGAUGGAGUCUUCAGUGGAGAAGAUGUUGCCGAUGCACUGGUAUGUGAUGGACAUUAUUUCCUAUUGGGGAAUGCAAGUGAGAGAGAAGCUGAAGGACACCAAAACACUAAAGAAAACAGCAAGAGAAAGCUUCGGCCUUGCAAGCAGGGAGCUUGCCAGUUUGGUCCAGAACAAGGACUUCGUGAACCCGAUUCUGAUGUUGAAGGACGAUCCUUCCAUCAGGGAUGCCUUAGAUGACGUGCCGUUUUUUAUCUUGAAGCGCAGGUUAUUCCUGGAGGGUGUUCCCAAUACUGGUGCUCCAGUGAAGGAGGAGGUUCGCGCUUUCGAGUAUACUCAGAAUGCUAAUCAACCGAAUCCUAAUCAACCUGCCCCACGAGCACGGGCUCCCAUGACGCCACCUGAUCUUUAUCUAUUCGAUCCAGCACAUCAUCUCGCAGGAGCAUGGCUGGCCACGCUUAGAGCACAACAGUAUGAUUACAACGAAGCCCAGAUAAACACUCUUGCUCGAUUAGGAGGGGACGCUCAUCAUUGGUUUAGUACCUAUGUAUGGGUUGAUCUUCCGACCUUCGAACAGGAUUUCCUUAAUCGAUUUGAUUAUGUCCACCCAGAGCAGGCACCCUACAUGAUCAAAGACCGAGUACAAAAACCUCUUGAGUCUGUCGCAGAGUAUCGAAACCGGUUCUACCGAAUGUUUGUGAAAUCUGAGCGAGGCGAACAAGUCGGGAGGGAUUUGUUCAUUGAUGGGCUUCGCAGUCGAACGAUAAGGGCUAAGUUGCGAAAGCAAUUUUCCCCCAUCACUCACACGCUGCAACAAAUCAUGGCUGCUGCGGAAGAAAUGGAACGGAAGUUCGCGGCGAACUUCCUGGAAGGAGAAGAUUAUUCUAGAGAAGGAGAUUCAUCCGAACUCGCACGAGCGAGAGCCGAGCUGGUUGCGUUACAGAACAAGUUUGAAAAUAUGGGAUUUGUGUCUGGCCCCGUCACCUAUCUGGAGCAGAUUGGUCCAAAACGACCAAAUCCAAGUGAGAUCCCGCGUAUUCCUGUUUCCGUGAUACCAACACCCGUAAGGGUGUUACCCCCGCCACCCGUUGGAAACCCGACAAGAACCAACGAGUCCACUGCUAUCUUUGAGCUGACCAAAACGUUAAUUAACCUAAUUCUGGAAAGCAAAAAGGAGCAGCGAGAGCACAAUGCUCGGUUGGAAGCCAUGAUGAGGAACAUGCGGCCCAUUGCGGUGCGUACCCCUCCGAUUCAGCAAGGGUUAGCCCCGGCACCCGCUCUUGGAGGAGUCGCAAGCAAUCUGAACGUCUGUUAUGCAUGUCAUCAACCAGGGCAUCUAGCCCGUGAUUGCCCUCACAGGCCUCCGCAACAACGUGUCGGGGUCGCGCCGAUGGCCGUGGCCCCCAUCGCUAACAGACCAGGACGAGUCGGAGCUUUAAUGGAAGAAGUAGAGGGUGGGGGAAGUGCCUCAGCCACCACGGAAGAGGCCGCUGAGAUCAUCCCGUUAGAUCAGUACGUAUCACUUGGAGAAACGGAGUCGGGAGGACCCACCUUCGUCACAGGGGAAAUCGACGUGUUAAACAUCAUCCGAGCUUUGGACCAUCGGAUUCCGCUUCCUAUCGGUCAUCUGCUCUCGAUCUCUGAGCAAGCUAAUGAGCGAAUGCUACAGCACUGCAAGGCGAACCGAAAACGAUUCGCCCUCGCCCGAAUACCGAACGUAAAGACUAAAAAUCCCGCGCCCAAGGAAAACCCGGCUGGCUCUUCGGAUCCGAUACGAGUAGGGUUAAUCCAGAAAGACGAUCAUUUCCUACGAAUUAAACCCAUCCCGUGGAUAUCAGCAGAAUGCGACAUUGAAAUUUGGGGAAUUUCUUAUAACGCAAUUAUAGAUUCGGGAGCUGCUGUUUUGGCUAUUUCACUAAGGGUGGUUGAGAGGGUAGGUAGGAAAAAUGAUCUGAUCAUGCUUGCCGAAAAAGAUCAGCUCGUCUCGGUGGACGAAGAAAAGAUUAAGACCGUGGGAAGAAUGACCAAUGUCGCCUUCCGAUUAGGAAAGGUGCACGCAUUGGGGGUUGUUGUGGUAUUAGACGUAAAUACCUACGACGUUCCUUUCCGACUUCCCGCUCUCGUGGCAUUACGAGCGAGCGUGGACUUCGAACGACGAUCGAUUAUCCUCCGAAAUACGGGAGGAAAACCUUAUGCUGUACCUAUGAGGUUAACCCUUCGUACUACCACUAAUGCGGUCCCACGGGUCUCUCCGAUGUUAGCAGGAACUCUCCGUAUGAUCUCCUGGGAAGAGUCCGCGGACGGCGAGUCAUCAACGAAUGGUGCGGACAGCAGUGAUGAGGACGAUCUGGAAAUCUUGAAGCUAGCACGACAACGUGUUUACUACCCGCCACCCAGAACGAUAGCAAGAACGAUGCAUCUGACCAGUCGGAACAUUCAAAGGACCAAGGCGAUGAUCUUGGGUGAACCCCUCGUACAGAUUUCGAGGAUGGUCGAUUCCUUGGAACCCCCUCAAACCUUGUACGAAGGAAUCACCCCUCUCCUCGCCCGGUACAGUGACAAAAAGCAUUACUGCGAUAUUACGGAUCUACCGAAGUCCCUGUUAACAUCCGCCAAAGAAGUACGGUUGCUACGCUUGGGGGCAGAAGCCAGUUCUCUAGAGCCCCCUGGACGUCUUGAGGCAGAAUCAGACGAACUCGGAAUAAAGAUCACAACUAAAACCGUGCCAUGGCAAGAUAUCUGUGACGGGAUCACCCCGGAAAGGCACGCGGCCAUCCGGGAGGAAGAUGCCCAAAUGAUGGCCACGGUGUUCUCCUGGCGAUCGGACCAUUCGUUCAUCUCUGCGCCACCACCCGACGUGGUGAAACAGGCACGCACAAAGCAAGUUGACGUACGAAUCUGGGAUCAGCUUUUUGAACUGCACGUUCCACAGUAUGUGCCUGAUGAGAUUCAUCGGGUGAUCGUAGAUAUUCUGACAGAAUAUCAGGGAGCGAUUAGCAUGACAGACACUGACAUUGGCUUGUCGUUAGUUAUUCAACACGAAAAUCAGACGGGAAAUCAUUCCCCAAUCCACUGCAAGCCCUACCGAUACUCCCUGAUAGAACGCAAAAAGGCUCUCGAACGAAUUCGGGAGUUCGAAGCCAGCGGGUGGAUUGAACCCGCCACCGGACCAUGGUCACUUCCCGUAGUGUUAGUGCCGAAGAAAAACGGAUCAAUUCGCAUCUGCAUCGAUUAUCGCAAGUUGAAUGAAACCACGAUUAAAGAUGUGUAUCCCCUCCCCCGAAUUGAUGAUUUGUUGGAUGCGAUUGGUUGCGCCAAUUAUUUUAGCAAGUUCGAUAUUCGGCAUGGCUUCCAUCACAUUCUGGUGAAGGAGGAAGAUUGGCCAAAGACGGCCUUCGUGUUGUUUGAAGGCACGUGGCAGUGGGUUCGGUGUCCGAUGGGGAUUUGCAACGCGCCUGCCACGUUUCAGCGAGCGAUGAACAUGACAUUCCAGAACUUCGUCAACAAGACGAGGCUAACACAGAGGAAGUGCGGGCAGCGUGUACAGAUCUCCUUGCUCGACGAGGAGAUACCGUCGUGCCGGCGCAUAACACGGACUUCCCACUCCGCUCGUCUCGAAGGUCGCCAGCGAUCGUGCUUCCGGAGCUUCUCUGCGCGGGCCCCUACUCUCUCGUACCGUAUUAAGGAGAACAGUGCGCCGCUAUUGAGCGAAGAGAAGUGGGACGCGUGGUGGGAGGACUACAUCGAGCUCGCUUUCUGUCUAUUGGAGAUAGAGUUCCGCUGGUUAGAAGCGGCCCCGUUCGGAGAAGGACCAGAGCACCCAGAGGACAGUGUGGAGCUUCUGAUCAUCCAAGCCUGGAGAACGGCGGAGCAAGGCGAUCUGCUGGGAUUCUUAUUCGGGAAGGUGGAGGAGGGCAAUCUCACCCUGAUCACAGACGAGUUGCUGGUGUUUCUGAGUCAGUUGGUGGAUGAUCUGCCCCUAGACAUCUUGUCACGCAGUGACGAGCAGCCUGGCACCCACGUGCUGUCUCGAACGCUCGAGCCGCACCUUGUGUGGUCCACGUGUACGGAGAUUGACGAGGACAACUGUCUCUAUCCCUCCCAGGCGCUUUACUUGGAGAUCGACGUUACCGAUCUCACGUUUUGGGACCCGAUCGCAAGGAGAAACGCGGCGCAGGACGAGGAGAUAGGGGGGGCAGAGGAAGAGGAGGAAGAAGAGGAGCCAUCGAGUGAAGAACGGGACGAUCCAGACUACGUCCUGGAAAGAGAAACGGGGAUAGCUAGCGAAUCGAGCCAGCCGCAUAAAAAGAACGAAGAGGAGGAAGAGCAGAGGAAGCGGAAGCGCCAGGAGACCGCGGAGGGAAAGCGACCCACGACAAACGUUUCUCCUAUCGAUCCAUCGAUCGGGGAUCCGUGGCGUGAUCCGGAGCCGCGAGCAGAAGAAGACGAUGGAACUGCGGCAGAGGGAUCGCGGAGAAGAGGAAGAAGAAGUGAAUCGCCAGCUUCCUCCGACUCCCCCUUCAUGAUCGGGACGAUGACCGAUGGCAUGUUGAUGAUGCUGGCGGCCUUCCUCUUGACCUGGGCGUGUCUUUACACCUCCGUGAUGGCGCUCAUGUGGGUGGAGAGGAAGGUUGGGGAUGGCUCCUCCUCGGUGGGAGGAGCGCUGGCGAUGGCUGACUUGGGCGUCCCCUUCGAAAUUCGAAGGCGGCUUCGCGACCGUGGGUGGGUGGGAACGGACGGCGCAAGGCGUGCGGGCGGGCAGGCGGGUUCCCGUGGGCUAGGCCCUCAGCGUUCCCCGGUAGUGCAAAAUAGCGCACGGAAAUACGGCGAGCAGGCCACCACAAAGGGAGCUAUGCAUGGUCUUGACAGAGGGAGUCAAGGAGACGGUGCAGUAUUGUUUAUUGGAAUGUUGAAGUGCAAGACGGCUAUGGCAGGGGUCCGGAAUCUAUGGCAAAGGGCAACAACGAGCCCCUUCCCGGAGGACCCAGUAACACUGCUGCUGGGCACGCUCGACCCAGGCACGUGGACGGGAGCUAUGCAUGGUCUGUACAGAGGGAGUCAAGGAGACGGUGGUAAUGAUGGUCAGGUUGUGGGGAAGGUGCGUUGCUACAGGGAAGUGAACGAGGGAGAUGAAUUAGGUGGAGGAGAAGAGUGGGAUGAUGACGAUGAGUUAUCUUAUUGGGAAGGACCCGGAGGAGAAGAGUGGGAUGAUGACGAUGAGUUAUCUUAUUGGGAAGGACCUGGAGGGUCGUGGAGUGGCAGCUUGUGGGCGAGGGGUUGGAUUAACGGGCGCGAGGGGUUGGAUUCACGGUCGAAGGGGAUUGCUGGAAUCCGGGGGAGGGCCGAAGAAGAGCCGGGGAGGGGGGAGGCGACUGGGUCAUUGGGAGAGAAGGUGAAUGGGGGAUAUUGAUCCGGGUGAGGAGAUCGGCCUGUGUUGUAGGUGGUGAUUACAGUCUGGUUAUGCUGACGGGGCGU